AUGUGCACACUAACCCUGGCAGCCGUGGUAACACUGGUGUUUGCGGUAAUACCAUCUGAGAUUACAUCCAAGACUGUGGUGUUUUACCCGCCUCCAGCUACCAGCUACAUUGUCUACCACACCAACGUAGCCGGGGCCCUAGCCAGGCGCGGUCACGAGGUGUGGAUCUGCAUACCAGACUACCUUCUGCAGAGAAAUUUAGUCAAGGAUAACUCUGUCAAAAUUCUAGCAUACGGGAAACAGCUGGGAGACGUUGAGAAACAGAUAUAUGAAAAGACAAGGAUAAUGGAUAAAUUCUGGGCAAAAGAGCCGACGUUCGGAAAGGAGACUUUAUACAGCACAGGUGCAGAAUUAAUAAAAAUCGCUGAUGUUGUUCUUUCUGAUCAAGUAUUUGUGGAUAAGGUGAGACAACUGAAUCCAGAUUUAAUUGUGCUAGAGUCAGUGCCGUUCAAUCUGAACAUGAUUGUGCUCCCGUAUAUGUUGGAUAUUCCUUUCGCUUUCAUUGGAACUAUUCACGAUGUGGUAAUUUCUAAAGUGCCAUUCAGUCCUGCUGUGACACCGUUCCCUAUCAAUACUUCAACCGACAGAAUGACGUUCGUUCAGAGACUGCAAAAUACCAUUUUAUAUCUACUGCGAAUCAAUUUUGAUCUUUUCUACGACAGCGGUCUGAUUGCUAAGUUUGCUCCACACAAACCUUACAUGUCCAUUAACGAUCUGGCCACAAGUGCUGAGGUUUUCAUAGCUGAAAUUGACCAUAUACUGGACUAUCCGCGAACAACUUUGCCAAACACAAAACUGGUAGGAGGAUCUUCUGCUUCAGCUGCGAAACAAUUAGAAGGGGAGUUCAAGAAAUUUGUAGAUACGGCAAAAACUGGCAUUAUCGUCGUGUCUUUUGGUGGGUCUAUACUCGAUUUACCACCGAACAUAGUAUCAAAAUUUAUCUCCGCUUUCAGUAAACUAGACCUUGGAGUGGUGUGGAAAGUAAACAUUACCUCACCAGACCCCAAGCAAAUUCUGACAUCCAAGUGGAUACCACAAAACGAUCUUCUUGGACACGAGAAAACCAAACUGUUUGUUUCCCAUUGUGGAAAGAAUGGACAGUACGAAGCCCUCUACCACGGAGUGCCCAUUCUCUGCCUGCCCGUCUACGGAGAUCAAAGUUAUAACUCGGAAAGAAUUAAAGUUAAACAGUAUGGUCUUCGUGCCGACAUGCGAGAAGCUAGCGCCGACGAGCUGGCAGCCAUGAUGAAAGAAAUAAUUGACAAUGGAACAUACACUGAAAACAUAAAAAAGGCUUCCGAACUUUACCGAGAGUUGUACAAAGUCCCAAAAGAGGAAGCUGCAUACUGGCUGGAUCACGUGAUGAAGUAUGGCGGGGAAUAUAUGAGAUCACCAGGGCAGCAGAUGCCUUGGUAUCAACUUCUUGUGUUAGAUGUAAUUGCCUUUCUCGUCGCCGUUAUUGUUGUCAUCCUCCUUGUGAUCUAUUUCACUGUCAAAAGAUGCUAUAAUUUAUGCAGAAAUAAGCCACGUAAGAUCAAGUCAAAACGGCAAUAA